UUACUACUUUACUACGGCUGUGUACCUGUGGGUUUAUUCUGCGUGUAUUUGGAUGUUCUAAUCUUGAUGUUUUUUUCCAGUGAUUUCUCUAGGUGAAAUCCAAAUAUAGUAGGAAAAUUGUAUUUCGUCGCUAGUUGGCGCUGUUCUCUAGAGUCAUUCAUUGAAAACCAACAUCAUGGCAUCAUCGUUGAGCAGUAAGUCUCCUAUUCAAUUCUCGAAACGCCAAGCCUUGUACAAAGGCAGAACACCACCCUGGAAAGAUACAUACAGAAAGCGAUGCUUCGACCGCCUGAGAAGUAACCGUCAAAGCCUUGUUCAGAAGUUUCGACAAAUUCAACCAGAUGACGAGAAAAGUAAAAAUACUUCAUUUGUGAAAAAUGUGAUGGAAGAAGAGUGGAAAAUCCUGAGAGGAGAACAUGGAUAUUUACCAACUUUGAAAGAAGACUCCAGCGUACCAGACGUUAUUGAUGGAACUGAUAACUUUGAAGAGAUUUUCUCUGUCAUGGAAGAAAUCAAAGUAGAGUUGUUGAAAGAAGAACAAGAAAUUAUACAAGACUAUGAGAAAAGCAGACAGAUUGAUGAAGCUGCGCUCUGUGCUGCUGUGGAGAAACUGGAAACAGAUGAACUUAUAUGCCCUGUGUGUAGAAAAAACCCAUUGAAUCAGAAUAAAUCAGUUAUAUUCUGUGCUUGUGGUAUGAGAAUUGAUACAGAGUACGAUUGUGUGACAUUGUCAUAUGUGAAGGAUCGAUUAAAAGAGGCAAUCAGUCAGCAUAGCCGUGCAUGUACAGGAAAGGCAUUGUUUUCUACUCUGGAUCAGUGUGGUCUUCAAAACUUAGUCAUAGCCUGCAAGACAUGUGAUUUCCUGGACAUUAUCUUGUGAAGAAAGAAAUGAUGAAAUAUUUGAAACGUGGUUCAUCUCAUCUUGCUAAUCUAUCACAUGAGGAAAUAAAAUAAUCAACAGCUGAUAAGGUUAUAGUGUGCAAGU